AUGGUUCUCUGUCAAGGCUUAUCUGCUGGGCAGGGGCAGCUGCUUGCUUUUCCUGCUGCUAAGCCUCCUCUCCUAAGAAGAUCUUGCAUUCGUAUACCAGCGGGGUCACCGGGUCUAAAGAGUGCUCGGCUUUCAUCCGAGAGGAAGAAACUUUCAGUGCAAGCUGUACGAGCCGACACUGGUUUUCUUCACCAUGACAUGCUCACAUCAUCUCUGAUGGAGGAUUCAAUCAAGGGCAUUCCAUCAUUAUUGACCCGGCAGAAUCAGUGUCGAAGAUCGGAAGUUGGCUGUCGAGCUUCCUCUCUAGCAUCAUUCAGCUACCCUGAAUUGACUUCCAAGCCCAGAUGGUGGUGGAGAACCCUUGCAUGUGUGCCGUACUUGCUGCCACUCCACAACAUGUGGUCGUAUGCCGAUGUCAUCUACCAGUUGCACACGUACUUGCAGGGCUUUUCAUUGGUUUAUACUUUCAUCGACACCAUGACACUGCUUCCAGGGUGGCUCUUGCUGGUGAUAUUUAUGACCGUGUACUUCUUCGUGGUGAGACGCAAGUGGUCACCCCACUUCAUGAGGUUCCAUGUGAUCUUGGCCAUCCUCCUGGACACCGGCUCCCAAGCAGUGGCAACAAUGUGCACCUGGAUGCCCAGCUUCGUGUAUCAGGGGAAGCCCAUGCAGUAUUUCUGGAUGGCCAUUGCUUUCAUGCAGAUCUUCACGGUGCUAGAGUGCAUGCGCUGUGCUCUCUGUGGGAUGUAUCCGAACGUUCCUUUCAUAUCCCACACAGCCUUUAUCCAUUCUGAUCUGAAUCUCUUCAGUGACGCGAUUGAUCAUUGCAUCGGUUGA